AUGUGUAUUGAUGAAACAUGUUGUUUAUUCACAGCUUCUUCGUGUCACCAAGAAUUUAAUAGCGACGGAUCAAAAUAUGGAACCCUGACGUCACCUCAUUAUCCUUUAGCCUAUCCUUCAAAUACACACUGCCACUACGAAUUUUUCGGAAGAGGAAAAGAAAGAAUAAGACUUGUGUUUCAAGACUUCUUUUUGUAUAAACCACCUGAUGGUUCUCUUGAAUGUAAUAACGUCGACUCCCUUCAAGCUUUCAUCAAUGUAGAUGGGAGAUUAGAGAAUGUGGCUACGUUUUGUGGGGUGGAUCUUCCAAAGCCUAUCAUGUCUAAUGGAGCAAAACUUAUGCUGGAAUUUCGUGGAACACAAUCCGCGAGACAUGCGAGGGGAUUUAAAAUUUCAUAUUCAUUUGUUGAAAACUUUGGCAUAUCUACUGGACGACAGCUGAAAGAAUUUCCAUGUGCCUUUGUGUAUAACAGCAGUGAAGCCCGGAAUGGCACAUUUGCUUCUCCUAACUCUCCGGGGCCAUAUCCAAGAGAUACAGAGUGUUCUUAUUUCUUCCAUGGAGGGCAAACAGAGAAAGUUCACCUUCACUUUACACAUUUUGAUAUUGAAGGCGUAUCGCCAUGCGAAGCAGUUUCAGCAAGUGAUUACGUGGAGUUUUCAAAUUAUAUGACUGAAGACAAUAGAUAUGGCAGAUACUGUGGUCAACAAAAGGAUUUUCAUGUGGAAUCCGAACGUAACUUUUUCAAAGUCACAUUUCGAUCGAACGAUCGCUUAGAUGGCACCGGGUUUAAAGCAAUCUAUCAGUUUUUAGAAGCUUCCGAUGAGUAUCAAGCUCCGAUGUCCGACUUCACACCGUGUCUUUUCCCGUUGCGGUUAUGCUUACUACUUCUGGCCAUCAUCGCUGGUUCACUGCAUCGACUCUAUCAUUAA